AUGGCAUCACCUUAUAAACCAUGGCUAUUUCUCCUAGCUUUAGCCGGCCUCACCCUCACCUCCCAAGCCGGGAAAAUUGCCAUCUACUGGGGCCAAAACGGCAACGAAGGAAGCCUGUCCGACACCUGCGCUUCCGGCGACUACUCCUUCGUCAUCUUAGCCUUCCUCUGCUCCUUCGGCAAUGGCCAGAAUCCUCAGCUCAAUCUCGCAGGCCACUGCGAUCCCUACUCCAACGGCUGCACCGGCCUUAGCAGCGACAUCAAGUCGUGCCAGGCUAAAGGGAUCAAGGUUCUUCUGUCCAUCGGCGGCGGUGCAGGAUCUUAUGUUCUUACUACUAAGGAUGAUGCGCGGCAG